CCUUUCUGUAACACACACGCUACAUGAACACACCGGGAAAGCGGAGAGCGGAAAGAAAAUAAUAAGCGAGAGAAAGAGAGGGAGAAGGAAACGCUGCAGCCCCGGCGUCCGUCCGUCCGCCUGUCCGUCCUUCGGUUGGUUGGUUGGCUUUAUUGUUUUUGUUUUUUUGGGGGGAGGGAAGAAGCCGUCUUUUCUUUAAGCGCAGACUUGCGGACUAACAUGGGAAGCGAGAGCUCCUGAGGAGGAUUGACUUUCAGUGAACCUCUGCUCUGUGGUAAAAGUCUGUGGCUAACAGGGAGGAAAAAGGGCGACGGGGAAGACAUGUUGAGGGUUUUUUUCAUCUUGAGGUUGCGGUAGGGUAUUGAUGUUGUGCUCUUAAAAAAACACACGGCUCUCCUGGAGUGGGGUUAAAAAGAGAGAGAGAGAGAAAGAGAGGGGGGAGCAAAUGGAAACUAGGCAGUAGGCUAAGCUCAGGAGCCAUUGUUUUGAUCGGUGUUUGUUUAAUUGGCUUGUUAUGAUCUGAAAUAACGUAGGCCUCUUAGGCAGCCCCGCAGUAAAUACAUACACGGUCAGCAGACAGGGGCUACACAGCUGCAAAUUAGCCCGACAGAGCUGCUCGCAUUGCAGGGGACUCUGUUAUGAAAUAACAGGGGAAACGGUGCUUGUGUGAGAUUUCCUUUUAUAUAUAUAUAUAUAUAUAUUUUUUUUUUUUUUUUCAAGUGACAUUUUUUAAGCCAGGCAGCCAAAACAUUUCCAGAUACAUCAACUCACUGGGGGGGAAUCAUACAAAGGCCCAAAAUACAGUGAAAGCUACUUGGAUUAUUAAAAGACUGUUUUAAUCCCUCCGCCGAUUUAAGCACAGAGGUGCACUAGAUUAGGUUAUUUUAGCCCCCGUUUAGCUGAAGAGAGGGAACAAAAGAAGAUUUUUAAAUGUUAAUGUCGACCGACGUUGCAUCCAUCAUGCUGCCUGUAUCCCGGGGUCUCAUAGACCGGGAUAGAGAGCUGGACCCCAUGGCCGGGGUGCAUCCCAACCCCGGUGGCGCUCCUGCAGCUGUUCGCGGCAUGAAGCGAGGAGACCCGGAGCCCGACGGACAGACAGCGGCGGCUCUGGUGGACUCGACCGGCGCUGAGUGCAAGCGUCCCCGCAUCGACGGCACAGGAGGAAUGGGCGAGGUUGGUCAGAACAACGACCCCUUGACGCUCAGCUAUCACGGAUACCCGUCUCAUAGUCAGGGUUCUCAGGAUAGUGCUGGCGGUCAGGAGGGACUCGUCCCCCCACCUUUCUCUGCCUUCCCGCCUCCUCCACCACCGCCCCCCCAGAACGGCCUGGCCCUGGAUUACGGGGGCAGCCUGUAUGCUGCAGGGGCCGUCCAGGGUCCCGUGGAAGCCGGCGGAGCAGCGAAUAGCGCAGCCAACGCCGCUAACAGCCUCAGUGCCCAACAGUCAGAUGGGUCCUCCCAGAUUGAUGGCCAGUCUGGGGUUGGCUCGGGAGGUGGAGGCGGCGGGGGGAACGCCGGAGACGAUUCGGACUCCAAGGCCACCCCCAAACGCCUUCACGUAUCUAACAUCCCCUUCCGCUUCCGAGACCCUGACCUACGGCAGAUGUUUGGGCAAUUUGGCAAAAUCCUUGAUGUGGAGAUCAUUUUUAACGAGAGGGGAUCGAAGGGCUUCGGUUUUGUUACGUUUGAGUCGAGCGCAGAUGCAGAGAGGGCCAGAGAGAAGCUCCACGGCACGCUGGUGGAAGGACGUAAAAUCGAGGUCAAUAACGCCACAGCCAGAGUGAUGACAAACAAGAAGAUGACCACGCCGUACUCGAACGGAGAGGGCCUUGCGGCACUGCCAUAUGCUGGAUGGAAGCUGAGUCCUAUGGUUGGAGGCAUUUACAGUCCUGAGCUCUAUACAGUACCAGGGUUUCCGUACCCAGCAGCAGCAGCAGCAGCUGCCUCGACCGCUGCAACCUUUCGAGGCGCUCAUCUCCGAGGUCGUGCUCGGCCCGUCUACAGCGCAGUCAGGGCCGCUGUUCCACAACCUGCCAUCCCCACCUAUCCUGGUGUGAUGGCCUAUCAGGAUGGUUUUUACGGUGCAGCUGAUCUCUAUGGUGGCUAUGCAGCGUAUCGAUACGCCCAGCCGGCUGCAGUAGCAACGCCUGCGGCGGCAGCAGCUGCGGCGGCAGCUUACAGUGACAGUUAUGGACGAGUUUACACGGCAGAUCCCUACCACGCUGCACUUGCCCCAGCUGCCUACGGCGUUGGAGCCAUGGCUACGCUGUACAGGGGAGGCUACAGUAGAUUUGCUCCCUACUAAAGACACUACAUUUCCCAGGAGCUCCUCUCUUCCAUUGAAUUACUUUGAAAGAGCUCCCCCUGUUGUCACGGAGGUGGACUGCACCCAGUUUUAAAACGUGGACUUGACCACAAAGAAGAUAUUUCAGAUCCCACCCCAGAGCAGUCCCACGUUUUCUUAUAUACGCUACUACAGAAAUAGAGGAAUGCUGUAUUAAAGACUGAAGGAUGGCCUUAAUGUUAAAAAAAAAAAGAAGAAGAAGAAGAGAAAAAAAUAAGACUUAAGAUGGCCUCCUUCCCUAUUGCACGGCUGUAUUAUAGUCUCCCCUUCUUAUUCCCUCAGCACUCAGCAGCACAAGAUUUGGGACAGAGCCCAGAUGUUCUUCCAAAGGCUGCAUGUGGAUAACUGACACUUAAAACAGCCGUCACCCGUGUGCGUGUUUGUGUGUGUGUGUGCGUGCAUGAAAGAGCCGAGCGCCGUGUGGCCUGCACACGCUCUCCGCUGAAGGAAAAAGAGAGGGAAACACACAAUGGAGGUGUCCACAAAACAUCAGGGCAGUAGGAAGAAAGACGGUGCGCUGAAAGAGCACCGAGAAAACAUUCUGAACCAGAAUGACGAGUCAAAUGAUAAAACCACCCACGGAUGGAUUUUAUAAUUCCUCCUCGACGUGGGCGGAUAGUAAGGAGAGGAUUUCCAAUCCCGCGGUGUUCUUUCUGGCAGAGGGAGACUGAAUGUGGCAGCUUGGAGAGAUGAUGUGACGGUUUAUAACGCUAUAGAAAUCACGUCCGAAAGCUGAAGGAGGGAGGGUUUAUUAGAGCUGUUCCUUACCUCAAGUUUUCUUAGUAUGUGGAAAUGGUAAACCUUUAAACUUAAAAUUGUUAUAUGCAAAGAAAUUAGUUUAGAGAGAAAAAAAAGUUACCAAAUUAUUAUUAUUAAUGAUAUUUGUAAUUGUAAUUAUUCUCAUUAUUACUCUUAUGAAACCAUUCUUAUGUUUGAGUCAGCAGCCGCUGCUGUCAUGGAUUCAACAGUGAACCCUGGGGUUAAAAAUCAUUAAAAAAGUACAAAUAUGCUGUCAGGUAUAUGAAAACAGCUUAUAUCCGUGCACGGGACUUCGCCCGACACUACAAAAAUGGCAACACUACACAGAAGAAGAAGGGGGGAAAAAAGGUUCCCGUUUAGUGGAGUUUACACCCAAACUAAACCCUGGGGUUCAAAUAGUGGUUGGUCCUUUUAAUGUAGGAAUAUAUUAUUUGGAUCCCCCCCUCAUAUUCCAUCUUUUGUAGAGUGUCCAGCAAUGGAUGAGUCUUCCUGAAACAUGCUUCUGUUGGUAUUGUGUUUAAGAUGCUGCAGCAGCAACUGCUGAGCAAGAGAGAGAGAUUCAGUUAGUGAGUUUGUAGUAAAUAUUUAAAUGCAAAACACAAUUGUGCAUAUUUCUAUUCCAUUGUAUUCUAUAUUUCCAAAAUGUGGCUUUUUUUAUUUUUGGGCUUUUGUUUUUGUUCCAAAGAUUUGUAGAAAGCACAUUUUUCUGCCGUAUGUAUAAAUAUAUUAUCUUUGUUAUUGUUAUUAUCAUAAUCCUAUAGCUGUUUUUAUUAUUUACUUUCAUCUUCUGUGUUGUUCCUUGUCCUGUAAGGUGCAAGGAAAUUUUCAAGUGACUUUGUUUUUUCUCUUGGGAGUAAAGUUCUUCAGCUGGAAAGCAUAGCUGGUUGGGGACAAACAAAGGUAUGCGUGUCACACCACCAAACUUUUGUCCUUUUGGUUGACUAUUCAGUCCAGGCUGUUUUUUUUUUUUGUUUGUUUGUUUGUUUGUUUUUGAUUGAUCAUAGGAUCCGCUAGCUUGACAUUUAUCAUAUUUCAAAAUAUACAGUAACACUUUUUUUUGUGUACGUGUGUCCAUGUUUUGCAAGUGACUGAGCUAUUUGGAAUGAGUGAACAUAGGCCUGUAGCACUUGAGUUAAAGCAGUCUGUAUUGUUUUGGUUUGAAAUCUUAAUGAUUCCUCACAUUUCACUGGCUAAAUCUGUCAGCUUGGCUACUCUGGAUUUGUUUGAAAAAAGUGUUAUCGCUCAUACACGAACAGGUUAAGGUUCCUGGCGAAAAACAAUUUGUCAGCAUUGGGAUAUGAAGUUGUUUUUAUCCAUCUUCAAAGCUACCUUUUGUGUUUUCUGCUUCUCACAAUUAGGAAAACAUGCUUUUCAUUAACUUGCUUUUUUUUCUCCCUUUCUUUUAAAUGUGCUGCUGUUGGAUUUUCUCAAGUCAUUUAGUGUUACUUAAAAAAAAAAUCUCCAUAUUAAUGUAGAAUGUGCUUCAGACACUUUUAAUUUUUCUUUUUUUAAAAAAAGAAAAAAAGGCACUAGCCAAAGAUGCUAACAGUACCCAGCAUGUUCUGGCUUGACAUGUGCUACACAAAAUACUCUAAGAUGGACUUUUGGAGCCACUGAAGGCAUGGACAAACCAGCAUGAGCGAUACUUGUCGAGUUAUAUAUAAAAAAAAUAGUUUUGCAUGAAUCUUGUGUCUUUUCAUAUUUGAAUCCUGAGCAGCAGAGCCCAGCUGCGUUCUUCUUUACCACUAAACUCCAUGACAGGCAGCUAGCGAAUCUAAGCUAGUUAACGCAUCAAAGAGCACAGUGCUGUUUGGCAAAAAGGCCCGGUGACAAACAAAAUGGCUGCCGCACAAAUGACACGUGGCAGCUUCAUUUUUUUUCCUGUCGUGGUUUUCUUGCCAGUGUAUUAUAGUAAACUAUGUGGUCAUCCUUCAUAGUUGCUAUGGUUUCUCAAUGGACAGUCCCCUUUCCUCUGUCAUGUCUGUAUUCCCCCUUGACUGCCAUUAUGUUUUUUUGUUAUUGAAUGUCCAUAUAAAAUGUUUUAUAUAAAAAUGUUUUGUUGUGAUUGAACUUCUCAGAUUGUUUUUUUCUUUCUAUGCAUUAAUUAAAGUGGUUGAGUCUUAUAUUAUAGUGCAGCUGGCGAACCCGGAUGCAGAUUGACUUUUAUUGUCCACACUGGCCACUGCAAGCAAACUGUAACCAUGAUACUGUGUUCAUGAUAGUAGGAUGAACAUGAUGGUAUCUACUAUAAAUAAGGAUCAUUAUUAUUCAUUUCUACUGUCCAAUCAAAUUAUUCCACAUUUUGUCACAUUACCGUCGCCUUAUUUCAAAAUGGAAUUCAUUCAUUUUUCAUCCCAUAAUGACAAAGUGAAAAAAGUAUUCACAGCCAUCUCAUUGAAACUCAAAAUUGACCUCAAGUGCAUCCUGUUUCCACUGAUCAUCUCUCAGAUGUUUCUGCAACUUGAUUGGAGUCCACCUGUGGUAAAUUCAGCUGGUAGGACAAAGUGCCACACCUGUCUAUGUAAGGCCUCGUAGUUGAUAAUGCAUGUCAGACCAAGCCAUGAAGUCCAAGAGAUUAUGUGUAGACCUCAGAGACACAAUGUAUCGAGGCAGAGAUCUGGCAAACGCUACAGAAACAUUUCUUCAACAGUGACAGUGGCCUCAGUUGUUUGGAGUUCGGAACCAACAGCAUUUUUUCCUAGAUAGGAAGGCCCUUCUACUAAGGUAGAAGGUCCUUAGUCAGGGAGGUGACCAAUAACCCAAUGGAAAUUCUGAACCUUCCAUAAGGGUACCCAUUUCUGCAGCACUUCAUCAAUCAGGCUUGUAUGGUAGAAUGGCCAGACGGAAGCCACUCCUCACAUAAAAGCCCAACGGGAGUUUGCCAAAAGGCAACUAAAGGUGUCUCAGACCAUGAGAAACAAAAUUCUGGUCUGAUGAAAUAAAAAUUGACUUGUUUUGGUGUGAAGAAACCAGGCAACCUGGCCACUACCAUCCCUAUAGUGAAGCAUGUUGGUGGCAGCAUUAUGCUUUUUGACAGAGGACCAGUCAGGGUAGAGAUGAAUGCAUGUACCAAGCUUGUAGCAUCAUACUGAAAAAUACUUAAGCCUGUAAUUGCUGCCAAGGUCCUUCAACAAAGUAUUGAGUAAAGGCUGUGAAUACUUAUGUACAUAUUAUAUUUUUUGUUUUUUAUUUGUAAUAAUUUUUUGAUAAUUUCAGACAAACCUCUUCACUUUGGGAUUAUGGAGUGUUGUGUGUAGAAUUUGGAGGUGGAAAAAUAAAUGUAUCCAUUUUGGAAUAAGGCUGUAACAUGACAAAAAGUGGAACAAGUGAAGUACUGUGAAUACUUUCUGGAUGCACUGUAGGUGUAUCUGUUUCCACCAGAUAAUCCACAUUCAACUUUCAGCUCAGUUUUGGUCACAAAUAACUCCUGUGAAUUGCAUUUGCCACUGCCAUUUUGUUAGGUACAGAUGUUCAACUACUAGUUAAUGCAAAUAACUAAUCAGCCAACCACACUGCAGCAGAUCAGUGCAUUUAGGCAUGCACACAUGACCAAGAAGACCUGCUGAAGAAAUAGUUUUGGUGACAGAUGGUCAGGAUGGAUGGUAGGGUUGGAAUUAGGCUUGAAACAGCAUAAAAACACUGAUCCAUUCUGUCUUGAUGGUUCAGACUGGUGUUGGUGUGAGUUCACUCUUCUCAAAUGGCCUGAGUAAUCCACAGAUUUUAAUCCACUAGAGCACCUUUGGGAUGUGCUGAAGAUUCUUAUCAUGGAUGUGCAGCAACAAAUAUGCAGCCAAAGGGGGCAAAAUGUAGUCCAACCCAACACUAGCAAGGUGUACCUAUUAAAGUCUGGUCAGUGAAUCCAGCUUUUCUCAUCUGUAAACCCAGUAGUUUGAAACAUCAAAGCACUUGGCUAGACGCACACAAAUCACACCUCCAUCGUUUGCUGACAAAGUCAAGUGACUUGUUAGCAUGCUGAUAAGGAUUUUACACUGGAUGAGUGUGCUAGAAGUAAAAUGACGCUAUCACAGAUUUUAAUGACCAACCAAGAAUUAUUUCAGUUCAUCCAAUCUAGUUGAGGGCCAAGGAGCAAAGCCGGGUAACCAUGCAUUUUGUUUUUAUGUUUUCUUGCACAUCUUCUUACUUUUUUCUUUCUGCUAUUAAACUCUAUGUAGACUAAAGAUAUAAAAUUUGGGUCACUGUCUGACCUUCUAGCACUCUCAAGCCCUUGAGUGAAGCUGAAGGUGGCUUUAAAAACAAAUGCAUUCUUCGGUUCUUUGGAUAAAGCUGAUCAAGCAUGAGCAAAAUUCUAGUUUCCAUGGGCUGAAUUUCUUUCCCCCAGUCACAAGAUGAAGUGGCAGAGACGAUCUUCAGAUAAAGCCCCACAAAUGUCUUAUUUUCAUUUUACAAAAACAGUGUAACUGUCCACAAGGAGUUAAGGUCAUACCUCAUCAAUCCUCUCAUCUAUUCCCAGGAAGUUGAUCGUUCAUCCUAUAUGUAGUGUUUUUAGUGGGAAAAAUGCUUUGUUCAAAUGAACACAAUUUACUUUCUGGGAUUUCCUCUUAUUGAGCACGCACUGAGACUCUUUCACCUAAUAAACAUUUUGACCCCAUUUUGAAAAAGUGCAGGUCUCAAAGUGGGUCUCACAGGCUAAAAAUUUGCAAUGAAUUUUCACAGUUUACAGAGAUAACCUUCAGACAAAACAGAUGGUUUUGAGAAUCUUCCACAGCUAAUUUGCAGACCACUGAGGCUGAUUUAGUAAAUACAAGUGAGGAAAGCGGAGGAUUUUUUAUUUGUUGUUGUUGAUUUCAUUUUUUAAAUCACAAUCAGAACAACCUGUGAUUGUGCCCAAGUGCUUGGUUGGCAGUAUUUGUGAAAUACUUUGUUCAUAACCUCAAAUAGCAACCUGUCAGUCAUUGAUAUUACCUGGGAAUCAUAACAAAGGUCCAUAAACAAUGUUGUGCCAUAAUCAUUGAUUUAGUGGAUUACUGGAUAAGUGAAAGCUUUAAUCUUGUGUUGACCACAGGAAGAAAAACAAAAACAAAACGAGUAUCACAAAUAUCCAUGGAAAGCAGUCUGUAUGAUCGAUAUCUAUACACAAAAUAAUGCAUAAACAUUUCUGUCUGUUUGUCUGUUUCUUUGUCCGCAUACUUCUUCUACAUGAUCAGGAGUUGAGCAGCCAAACUCGACAUGCAGGCCCAUCUUAGGCUUCAUAAGGUUCUUAUCUAUAUCAGAUUUCAUGACAUAGCCACGUUGCCCAGCAACCACCUAUCAAAUAGCUAUAAAUGACCUAUGGGAGCUAUAUAAUUUUAUAUAAUUUACGUUAACAAAACUAAAUUUUUUCAUCAUAUAUCAUGAAACCAUGAGGUUCCCUUGCACGAGUGUGUGCAUGUAACUCAUGUAACUAAUGUUGAGAUGUUUAAGUCUAUGACGUUGUCUGGCUCGCAUAAAUGUUUAUUUUCUUUGAUUGAUUACCUUAAAAGUGUAGUAUCUGUUCAAAAAGACACAAAGGUUUUUCUAGGGGAAAGUAUUUAUUGACAUAACUUCCAUUCCUACAUUAAUAGCAUGCGCAACAUUACAUUCAUAUUUCAUAAAAAUAAAAAUAUAUAUAUUUAUAUAUUCAUCAUCAUCUGUACAUUAAGAAAAAAUAGCUCCAAAGAGGUGGAGGAGGGGCGGAGCGGAAAAGGCAGAAGAGAGAAGGUUUAGUGAUGAUGCAGCUGUGAGGAAACUUGCUUUCAACAUAUCUGAAUGGUCUCUCAGAACAAACAAACCAGCACAAAGUACAAGGGAGAGAGUUUGGAGGAGCAGGUUGACACACGGACACCUCAGUGAAGCAUAUAUAAAUAAAUAAAUUUAUAUAGAGCUAUUUAAUGUAAUAUAUGAUAGCUUUGACACAUAAUUGGAUCAACCUUGAGGAUAGAAGCUGAUCAGUUUUUGUGUAAUUUUUCCCAAACUACAUAUGGGUGUAACAACCACAAUAAACUUCAAGUCGGGAUUUGGGGAGAGGAAAGCCUCCUGGGCUGUGAAGUGAAAGAUAAGAGGACUGAGUGGAGGAAAAUUAGUGCAGGGAGGUUUAUAAUUGAG